CAAGGGAAAAACUCCAUUAAAAAGCCCAGCUUUCCUCCAUGUUAGAUGUGAAGUGGAAAAUGGGGAAGAUUUAGCGAAAUUCCACUGUGUCUUCAGCCAGGCUUGGAGAACCGGAGAGCAGAGUGAAACCCUCCGGCUGUUGAAAUUUCUAGACUCCCAGGAAGCCCCUAGAAUUUGGUGAAAAAUGAGGAUUCAUAACUCAAACUGAUGCGGGCAAGGGGCAGAUGCUUUUAAUCAUUCUCCCCAGUGUGUGUUACCUUUCUUGACCAGUAUGGUAAGCAAGAGGGCACAUGCCAGCCGCCUCGGACAAUUCUGCAUGAUCCGAGUUCCCCAAAGUAAGACACAGUGACCUCAAGCCUGCGGCUCGCUUCAUGGGCUUUGGGAGAAGCAGGAGAAGCAACGGCAGCGGCACAGUCACAGCAGCUGGAGCCGUGAGAAUGAACUGCCAGGAGGGAAAUGACAGCAGCUGCGGCUGCGGUGGCCGCGAGGAGAAGAAGAUGCUGAAGUGCGUGGUGGUAGGGGACGGCGCCGUGGGGAAGACCUGCCUGCUCAUGAGCUACGCCAACGACGCCUUCCCCGAGGAGUACGUGCCCACUGUGUUUGACCACUAUGCAGUUACUGUGACAGUGGGAGGCAAGCAACACUUGCUCGGACUUUAUGACACCGCAGGACAGGAGGAUUACAACCAGCUGAGGCCCCUCUCCUACCCCAACACGGAUGUGUUUUUGAUCUGCUUCUCCGUCGUAAAUCCUGCCUCUUAUCACAACGUCCAGGAGGAGUGGGUCCCGGAGCUGAAGGACUGCAUGCCUCACGUGCCUUACGUCCUCAUAGGGACCCAGAUUGAUCUCCGAGAUGACCCUAAAACCUUGGCCCGUUUGCUGUAUAUGAAAGAGAAACCUCUCACUUACGAGCAUGGUGUGAAGCUUGCAAAAGCGAUUGGAGCACAGUGCUACUUGGAAUGCUCAGCCCUGACUCAGAAAGGUCUCAAAGCCGUUUUUGAUGAAGCGAUCCUCACCAUUUUCCAUCCCAAGAAAAAGAAGAAACACUGCUCCAAGUGUCACAGCUGCUGUUUAAUUAUCUGAGGUAGCCUGAGACCCACCUCCACCCCAUCUAAGGGUAAGAAUGGCAGCCAACCUCUGAGACCCAGCUCAAGCCAAAAGGAGGGCAUGACCAGAGAGGAAGUCCCUGACACAGAGGCUUCCUCCUCCGCCCUGUGAGCCCUCCCAAACACAGCACACUAUCAGCUAACUGCCACAUCCUCCCUACCAGCCAGAAGCAUCCACGUUGCACACUCUACGAGAAUGCUGAGCCCGGAUUCCAGCCAGUGCCACUGCUGACCACGUAGGAAACAAAGUCAAAGACCAUCUUGCAUGUUUCAUCGCCCCCUCCAAGAACAUGAAGCUGAUAGGAAAUCAUCACAGGAAAAACAAAAGAA